GUUGAGGCCGCGCUGCCGCCGGGUCGCCUGCCUAGAGGGCUCCGGCUCGCAGCGGCGGCGGCGGCCGCAGGAAGAGGCGGCGGGGCGGGGGGAGAGGAGGGCCUGGGCCCGCGCUCCCCCAGCCCCAGAGGAGCCGGCGGCGGCCGCGGAGGGAGAGGUUCGCCGGGGCGGUCGGACAGCCCUGCUUACCCGCCUGGGAUCAUGACCCGGGCGGGGGUCGCCGCUGCCGCCGCCGCGGCCGAGACCGCGCAGCCCGCGGUAAGAAGAAAACAUAACUUAUAGACCAUCUUCUGGCAGAAGAUGAUAGAUUUGGAUCAUAAACGGGAGGCGUUGGAAGCCAGGAAUCAAAAGUGAAGAAAUUCUGCAAGCCUUUGGGUCCCUAUCACUGUAACCAUGCCAGAAAUGACGGAAAAUGAGACUCCUACAAAAAAGCAGCACAGAAAGAAAAACCGGGAGACACACAAUGCAGUGGAGAGGCAUAGGAAGAAGAAAAUCAAUGCUGGGAUUAACAGAAUAGGAGAGCUGAUCCCAUGUUCCCCUGCACUGAAGCAGAGCAAGAAUAUGAUCCUGGACCAAGCCUUUAAAUAUAUAACAGAAUUGAAAAGGCAAAAUGAUGAAUUCCUGCUUAAUGGAGGAAAUAAUGAACAAGCUGAAGAAAUUAAAAAGCUACGUAAACAAUUGGAAGAAAUUCAAAAAGAAAAUGGCCGGUAUAUUGAAUUACUGAAAGCAAAUGACAUAUGCUUAUAUGAUGAUCCCACAAUCCACUGGAAAGGAAAUCUUAAAAACUCAAAGGUCUCUGUUGUUAUUCCCAGUGACCAGAUUCAGAAAAAUAUUAUUGUUUAUUCCAAUGGGAGUCAGCCUGGUGGCAACAGCCAAGGAGCAGCUGUUCAGGGGAUAACCUUUAAUGUUGGCCAUAAUUUACAAAAGCAAACCGCCAAUGUGGUGCCAGUGCAGAGGACUUGCAAUCUUGUGACUCCUGUGUCUAUUUCUGGAGUUCACCCUUCUGAAAACAAGCCAUGGCAUCAGACCACAGUUUCUGCAUUGGCUGCCAACCAGCCUGUUCCUCUUUGUCUUCCUGCUACCAUUCCUGCUCAAAAUAUUCUCAAGCUUGCCACCUCCAAAAGCGAUUCACAUGUGCUUGGUGCCACCAGGGGCUCACUGGUUGCUGUUCCUGUAGGACCUGAACCUUGCCAACAUCGGUCCUUGCACACAAGUCUAAAUGGUCAAAAUUCUUCUGAAAAUAAGAACGGGAAAGAGAAUCCCAAAUUAUUGAAAAAAACAGUCCCUUGUGCCACAAGCGUCCCCUCCAGCUCCUCAGCAACUACCACUAAAGUGAACCCUGGAGGCAAGUCCUGCCUGAGCACACAGGAUUUGAGAAGUGAUUUUCAAACCACCUUUGUUGUUUCAGUUACCACCACAGUCUGCUCCCAGCCUCCCAGAUCUGCAGGUGAUUCUGGUCCAGUGAGCGUUAGCAAGGGUGCAGACUCCACAAGCGUUACCGCAGUAGUGGCCCCAUCUGUCCCUGGAGGAGGGAAGACCACCGCUCCUGUGAGCAGUCCUUCUGCAAAUCCUCUGGAUAAUGGUUGGACUCUUUCUUGUUCUUUGCCUUCUUCAGCUGUUAGUGCUUCAGAUUUGAAAAACAUUAAUAGCCUUACUCGAAUUUCCUCAUCUGGAAACACGCAGACAACGUGGACUACUUUGCAACUGGCAGGAAACACUAUUCAGCCCUUAAGCCAGACACCAUCUUCUGCUGUGACUCCAGUAUUAAAUGAGUCUGGUACUAGUCCCACCACAAGCAAGCACAGUAGACAUAUGGCUACAAGCAUCAACUUGAAUAAUUCCUUUCCAGCAGAUGGGCAGCCAGUUGAGCAAGUAGUUGUAACCUUGCCUUCUUGUCCAUCAUUACCUAUGCAGCCAGUUAUUGCCCAGCCACAAGUUAAAUCUCAGACCCCCCCAAAUAUCCUUCCAUUGAAUUCAGCAAUGCAAGUGAUUCAAAUGGCUCAGCCAGUAGGGACAGCUGUUAAAGCAGCUCCAGCUAAUCAAAACGUUAUCAUUCUUCAGCCACCCAGCACCACUCCAUGCCCAACAGUGAUGAGGGCAGAGGUUCCCAACCCAACUGUAGGUCAACAGAUAGUAAUCAUACAGGCAGCUAAUCAGAAUCCUUUGCCACUCCUCUCAGCUCCACCUCCUGGUUCUGUUCGACUCCCUGUCAAUGGAGCCAAUGCUAUAAUAGGGUCUAAUUCAGUGCAGAAUGUUUCAACCCCACAAACUUUUGGUGGAAAGCAUCUUGUCCACAUAUUACCAAGACCUUCAUCUUUAUCAACAUCUAAUUCAACACAAACUUUUUCUGUUACCAUGUCGAACCAACAACAGCCUCAAACCAUUUCUUUAAACGGACAGCUCUUUGCUUUGCAGCCUGUGAUGUCUUCAUCAGGAACUACAAACCAAAACCCUAUGCAAAUUAUUCAACCCACCACCAGCGAAGAUCCAAAUACCAACGUUGCCCUGAACACAUUCGGCGCUUUGGCCAGCCUCAAUCAAAGCAUAUCACAGAUGGCUGGGCAAAGCUGUGUACAAUUGUCUAUUAGCCAGCCUGCCACUCCUCAAACUAUUGCAAAUAAUCAAACCACCCCAGCUAACUGUGCUUCAUUAACAGCAACUGUAGUAUCUCCCAUGACAACCAAUACUUCAGCCACACUACCCAGUACUUAUAAUCUAGUGACUACUCCCUCAGUGAACACUGUAGCUUGUUUGCCUAACGUGAAGUCAAAAAGGUUGAAUAAGAAGCCAGGUGUCAAGAAACACUUAGCAGCUAACAAGUCAGCAUGCCCCCUGAAUCCAGUCAGCGAUGUGGGCCAGGUGGACUGCCCCAGCACUGAAGGCUCAGCAGAGCCACCAUGUAAUGAUGGACUGCUGGAAAGCCCCCCUCUUGUGGUGCCAUCUGUCACUAUGUCCCAGACAAAAAGUACUGUGAGUGUUUCUGGUUCACAUUCUUUGGAUGUUCCGAAUUCGGAAUCAGUGAUACCUGAGUCUGUACCCAAAUCUAAGUCAGCAGAAGAGUCUAACUCACCCUGCCAAGAAUCUAUAACAAGUGAGCAUUUUGCAGUGGCCCCAGCAAAAUCCAAAGAUUCUGUCCCCAUAGUGCAACAAGAGACAUCUCAGGAUAAGCCACCAAUUAGUUUGGCAUUGUCAGAUGCUCCUAAAUUCGGUACUUCAGCCAACGUGUUGAUUUCAUCUCCAAAUGAUCCCCAUGUUUUGGUUUCUCAGGUUUCUGGUUCAUCAUCUACCACAAGCACUACAAGUACUGACUGCGUUUCUGAGGUAGAAAUCAUUGCUGAACCUUGCGGAGUUGAGCAAGAUUCAUCAGAUAGAAUGCAAACUACAGGUCUCUUAAAGGAGCAAGGUUUAACUGCAUUGCUGUCUGGUCUUGCUAAAGAAAAAGAUCCUCAGAAAUCAUCUCUUUCAGUCCAGGUGGACCAUCCUGACUUUUCUUCAGAAAGUUCUAAAAUAAUUGAUUCAAGUAUUGAUUUGCAUCCCAAACAGGAGCUGUUGCUGAUGAACAGUGAUGAUAGAGAUCCAGGACAGCAUCAUUCCUGCAUCCCUGAUCAGGAGAUUAUUCAUGGCUCUUUGCUCACCAGUAGGCAGGCUGACUCUCCCAUGUCAACCAGCUCGGGUAGUAGUCGUAGUUUCUCAGUUGCAUCCAUGCUUCCUGAAACCACUAGAGAAGAUGUCACCAGCAAUGUAUCAACUAAUACGUGUGACAGCUGUACCUUUGUAGAGCAAACUGAUAUAGUCGCUCUUGCAGCAAGAGCUAUUUUUGACCAGGAGAACCUUGAGAAAGGAAAAGCUGGUACCCAGGCUGAUACAAGGGAAGUUACUUCAAAGCCUUCUGAAGCAUCAUCUUUAGAGGGAGACCAGCCUUUCAAAACACAGGUCUCUAAAGAGAAUAGCCCAGGUCAGGCAGAAGCAACACCAAAUGAAUUUAAUUCUCAGGAUUCAAUUGAAGCAACUGUGGAUAGGCCCCUUGAAAAACCAAGUUGUUCGGUAGGAAUUAAAACAUCAAAUGCCUCUUUGCAGGUUUCGAAUUCUCAGCCACCAAGCAUUACCAGUUUAAGUGUGAAUAAUCUUAUCCAUCAGAGCAGCAUCAGCCAUUCUCUCGUCAGCUGUGCUGGAUUGUCUCAGACUUCAGAGUCAACAACUGUUUCUGCUACAGUUAAUCUGACUGUUUCAUCUAGUUCCUAUGGCAGUCAGCCUCCUGGACCAUCUCUGAUGACUGAAUAUGCUCAAGAACAGCUAAGCACUAUGACUGGUACUGUACCAACUUCACAGAUUCAAGAGCCACUCUUAAAGCCAAGUCAUGAAAGCCGUAAAGACUCUGCUAAACGUGCUGUCCAAGAUGACCUUCUACUGUCUUCAGCGAAACGUCAAAAGCAUUGUCAGCCAGCCCCCCUCAGGCUUGAAGGUAUGUCCCUGGUUAGCCGAACUCCAGACAGCAUUUCUGAUCAUACUCAGAUGAUGGUUAGUCAGAUCCCUCCCAACUCUUCAAACUCAGUUGUGCCUAUUAGCAACCCAGCACAUGGAGAUGGCCUUACGCGAUUAUUUCCACCUAGUAACAAUUUUGUGGCCCCUGCAUUGAGGCAAACUGAAGUUCAGUGCAGUUCCCAGCCUUCGGUUGCUGAGCAGCAGCAAACCCAGGCCAGUCAACAUCUGCAGGUCCUGCAACAGCAUGUUCCAGCUCAAGGGGUAUCUCACCUGCAUAGUAACCAUCUCUACUUAAAGCAGCAGCAACAGCAGCAGCAAGCAGGGCAGUUAAGGGAAAGGCAUCACUUAUAUCAACUGCAGCAUCACAUACCUCAUGCAGAGAGCUCUGUCCACUCUCAGCCCCAUAAUGUCCACCAACAGAGAACUCUGCAACAGGAAGUUCAUAUGCAGAAAAAGAGGAAUCUUGUUCAGGGCACUCAGGCCUCCCAGCUUUCCUUACAACCGAAGCACCAUGGGACUGACCAAUCCCGAUCCAAGAGCGGUCAGCCACAUCCCCACCAUCAGCAGAUACAGCAGCAGAUGCAGCAACACUUCGGAAGCUCCCCGUCGGAGAAGAGUUGUGAAAACCCUUCAACUAGCCGGAACCACCCUAACCAUCCCCAAAACCAUCUCAAUCAAGAUAUUAUGCACCAGCAACAGGAGGUUGGAAGCAGACAGCAAGGCUCAGGGGUUUCUUCUGAACAUGUAACUGGGCAUAAUCCAAUGCAGAGGCUCUUGACAUCAAGAGGCAUAGAGCAGCAGAUGGUGUCCCAACCAAGUAUUGUGACUAGACCUUCAGACAUGACCUGUACUCCACACAGACCAGAGAGAAACAGAGUUUCAAGUUAUUCUGCCGAGGCACUCAUUGGAAAGACAUCUUCUAAUUCAGAGCAGAGAAUGGGUAUAUCGAUUCAGGGUUCUAGAGUUUCAGAUCAGCUUGAAAUGAGAAGUUAUCUUGAUGUACCCAGAAAUAAGAGUUUGGCCCUUCAUAAUAUGCAGGGUCGUGUGGACCAUACUGUUGCCUCAGAUAUCCGCCUGUCUGACUGUCAGACAUUUAAACCAACUGGAGCCAUUCAACAGCCCCAGAGUAAUUUUGAAGUACAGUCUUCAAGAAAUAAUGAAAUAGGUAACUCUGUAUCAUCAUUGAGGAGUAUGCAGUCUCAGGCUUUUCGAAUUAGUCAAAACCCUGGUCCACCACCAAUUGACCGCCAAAAGAGAUUACCUUAUCCACCAGUUCAUAGCAUCCCAGCAGGAAAUGCUAUCCCACCAAGGGACAGUGAAAAUACAUGUCAUCAAAGUUUCAUGCAGAGUUUGCUUGCCCCUCACCUUGGUGAUCAGGUCAUUGGGAGCCAGAGAUCACUCUCGGAACAUCAGAGGAAUACACAGUGUGGUCCAUCCCCUGCAGUUGAAUAUAAUUGUCCCCCAACUCAUGAAAGUGUCCAUAUUAGAAGAGAGAGUGAGAAUCAGAAUAGGGAAAGUUGUGACAUGCCCCUUGGUGCAAUUAACACCAGGAACAGCACCUUGAAUAUUCCUUUUUCCAGUUCUUCUUCCUCAGGAGAUAUUCAAGGUCGAAACACAAGUCCCAAUGUUUCUGUGCAGAAGUCCAAUCCCAUGAGGAUCACUGACAGUCAUGGGACCAAGGGCCACAUGAAUCCUCCAGUCACAACCAACAUGCAUGGGGUUGCAAGGCCAGCUUUGCCACAUCCAUCUGUGUCUCAUGGAAAUUCUGAUCAAGGGCCUCCUAUACGUCAAACUAAUUCUUCAGUUCCCCAGCGAUCAAGGCAUCCCUUGCAAGACAGCAGUGGUUCCAAAAUUCGUCAACCUGAAAGGAAUCGUUCUGGAAAUCAAAGGCAUAGUAAUGUCUUUGAUCCGAGUCUUCCCCAUCUUCCUCUCUCUGCUAGUGGCAGUAUGAUUCUUGGACGCCAGCAACCCACUACAGAGAAGAGAGGAAGUAUUGUUCGUUUCAUGCCUGAUAGCCCUCAAGUACCUAAUGAUAAUUCAGCACCUGACCAGCAUACACUAUCACAAAAUUUUGGUUUUCCUUUUAUUCCUGAGGGUGGCAUGAAUCCACCAAUAAAUGCUAAUACUUCUUUCAUUCCACAGGUUACUCAGCCUAGUGCUACUAGAACUCCAGCACUCAUCCCUGUAGAUCCCCAAAAUACUCUACCUUCCUUCUAUCCCCCGUACUCUCCUGCUCACCCUACACUGUCCAAUGAUAUUUCGAUCCCCUAUUUUUCUAAUCAAAUGUUCUCAAAUCCCAGCACAGAGAAGGUAAACAGUGGGAGUUUAAAUAACCGAUUUGGAUCAAUUUUAUCUCCUCCAAGACCUGUUGGUUUUGCUCAACCAAGUUUUCCUCUUCUCCCUGAUAUGCCACCAAUGCACAUGCCCAACUCUCACUUAUCCAAUUUUAAUAUGACAUCGUUGUUUCCAGAAAUAGCUACAGCUCUUCCUGAUGGCUCAGCAAUGUCACCUUUGCUUACAAUCGCAAACUCCUCUGCCUCUGACUCUUCCAAGCAGUCCUCAAACCGACCUGCCCACAACAUAAGCCAUAUUUUAGGUCAUGACUGCAGUUCAGCUGUUUAAAUACUGAUAAACUAAGUGUAAAUGUCACAGGUGAGAUUGCAAAUGUAUUUGUUUGUGCAUGCACACAUACAUGCACAUGGAGAGAGAAUUGCGUGUGUAUGUUUCUGUGUUUGUAAAAUCAAUUUGCCGUUUUCUUCUGAAUGUAGGGAAGCCGUGUCAGAUGAUGCGAAUACUGGGUUGUCAAAAACAAAUUAUCUUUCACUUUUAAUUGCAUGAUGUGCUUUUUAAAUUUCCCAAGCAGAUUUGCAUUUUCAAGUUUGAUUUGUAAUGUUAUAUUCCCUAAAUAUUAAUCAGCUGGAAGUUGGGGGACAUCAUCUUGGGGUGUGUUGAGUAGGAGGAAUGACCUCAAUUCUGAACUUUAUUGUUGAAAAGUUAUAAACUAGUUGAAAUAGUUGAGUUGUUCUAAAAAAAAAAAAAAAAAUGCAGAUAGUCCCAGAAAACACAGUGACUCAUAACCAAAUGCUGGUUGGUAUCAGCAUCUAGAACAGUUUCUUACCCAUGGCAUGUAUUGAAUUAAUACAGAAUGUAUAUCCAUGGUUAAAGUCAAGCCAAUAAUUGAGUUGUUUAAUCAGCCUUUAUUCCCAAGAUUUGGUUUAGGUAGAGGCUUCUUUCUUAAUUAGUAGUAUAACAAUUACUUAGUUAUCUGAAUUUCAUGUCCUGUUCUUCAAAUUAGGGAGCCAUGUUAUCCUUUAAUGUGCCAAGAUCCUUAAAGAUAGAAAGUUAAAAAGAAAAGUACAUAGAUGGUCUCCAUGUUGUGCUUGCAUUUUACAUGAGCCCUUAAGGAUAAGAGCAGUUGUUGAGUUUUGCAUGUGUUCAGUUAAAAAUUGUUUCGUAAGUUGAGUUUUGUUUUCAUAUUCUCUCUUCAUUCUAUUUAUUGAUUUUAAAGUAAAUUCUUUUACAUUUGUUUAAUUGGUAGGGACUGAUCAGUAAAUAGUGUCUUUGGAAUCUACAGAGUUUUUUGAACCCUACUUUUUAGAUAUUUCUUUGCAAAGUCUUAAGUCUGUCCUUAUAUUCAUUUACUGAUAUUUUUAUUUAAAAUAUGGCAUUGUAUAUUGCAUUAUUAUCCUUCAUAGUAGAAUUAUAAGAAGAUGAAUUUGUUCAUUAUUUUUCCUGAUGGCAGAUGUGAAAUGGUGCUUUAGAAACCAUCUUUAUAUAUCUCUGUAUGUUAUGUGUGUGUAUGUGUACACCCAGGUUUUAAAGUAUAAACUGGUUGUUUAAAAAUAGGCCUGCCAUCUGAAAUUGGGAAAUUGAGACCCAAGACCUGCUGAAGUAUACAAAAACUUGAUGUAGGGGGCUUAAGAAGCCCCACUGAAGUUAAUAAUCUAAAUAUAUAUAUAUAUAUGUAUAUACUCACAUAUUGGAUUUGAAAACUUAAACUAAAUCAACAACGAUAUGUGCUCAUAUUCUGAAACCCACUACUUUUUGUUGUUAUAUUCUGCCAAAACUGGAUGGAGUGGGAGAGAUGCAUAUAAAUUGUUCUGUCUUCUCUGUUAACAAAGUGAACCCAAGAACCAGCAUUUUUUUUCCUCCUUAAAAAAGCCUCCUAGGGCUUGGUUAGAGCAGUGACUCCAGUGAAUACCUCUUCUAAAGACUCAGCAAAAGGGUCAUCUGUGCCUCUUCAACUGUUCUCACCAAACUUUCCCAUCCGCUCCUGCUGCUGACUGAAGCAGCCUCCUGGGGGCAAAAAUACUGUAAAUGAGGAAAGCUUUUGUAUUUUCUCCCUUCAAAAUGGUCAUGGGAAAGAACAGGAGAGCUUCAUGAAUAAGUUAUUCAGCAAAGCCACAGAUAAACGCAUCAGUUAAAACUGUUAAUUGAGACAAAAAUGUGAGAUUUAUGACUUGUUUUUUUGUUGUUUGUUUUUUUAUCUUAACUGAGUUUUAAGCUUUAACAUUCAAGUUUUUCUUUGUACUUGAAAGGUCCAGGCUGCCAGUUUCAAGGACAGUUUUCAGUGUGUUUGAUUAUUUAUUAUUCUUCUCUCCCCCUUUCCCCCACCUCUAUUUCACACACACACACACACACACACACACACACACACACACACACACACACGC